UUCACCUUCCACUCAUCUGGGGAGAGAUUCAUGGCUUCCAAACAACACAGUCCUAGUGUUCUGAUGCUACCAUGGUUAGCUCAUGGCCACAUAUCACCAUUCUUGGAGCUAGCCAAGAGACUUGCAGAGAGAAAUUUCCACAUAUAUCUUUGCUCCACACCCAUCAAUUUAAAACCUAUCAGAAAAACCCUUCUUUCCGGCCAACUCUUUCCUUCAAUACAACUCAUAGAUAUCCACCUUCCUUCCUCCCCAGAACUCCCUCCUCACUUCCACACCACCAAAGACCUCCCACCCCACCUCAUGUCCGACCUCAAAACCGCCUUUGAUGCGGCCAAACCUGACUUUUGUAACAUCCUUAGAACAUUCAAACCAAAUUUAGUGAUCUAUGAUUUCGUACAGCCAUGGGCACCCGAAGUGGCUCGCGAAGAAAACAUUGAUGCAGUUCUUUUCUUAACUUUUGGUGCGUCGACUUGUGCUUUUCUCAAUCAUUUCUUUGAGAAUCCUGCUUUGGAAUAUCCUUUUCCGGCAUUCCAGUUCCCUGGAAUGGAGCGCCAGAAAAUUAUUGGGUUUAUGUAUGAAAUCUCAAAUGGUGUCUCAAGCAAGGAAAGGUACCUAGGAUGCUUGGCAAGUUCUUCGAGCAUCGUGUUGAUUAAGACAUCGAUAGAAAUUGAGGAAAAGUAUAUCGAUUAUUUGUCAGUUUUGACGGGAAAGGAGAUGGUUACUGUGGGGCAUCUUCUUCAGGACCCUACAAACAAAGAUGAAGACACAGUUAUCAUGGAGUGGCUGAGCAAACAAGAGGCUUCUUCAGUUGUGUUUGUCGCUUUUGGAAGUGAGUAUUUUCUUUCAAAGGAAGAGAUAAAAGAGAUAGCUUAUGGAUUAGAGCUCAGCAAGGUGAGUUUCAUAUGGGUUGUAAGGUUUCAUGGAGGAGAGAGCAUUAGAUUAGAUGAAGCCUUACCAGAAGGCUUCCAAGAAAGGGUUGGAAAGAGAGGCAUGGUACUUGAAGGGUGGGCCCCACAGGCAAAGAUACUAGGACAUACUGGCAUAGGUGGCUUUGUGAGUCACUGUGGGUGGAGUUCAACACUGGAGGGAGUGAUGUUUGGUGUUCCCAUCAUAGCCAUGCCUAUGCAUUUAGACCAGCCCUUGAAUGCCAAGGUGGUAGUGGAGAUUGGCAUAGGCAUGGAGGUGAAGAAAGAGAAUGGAAGGUUCAACAGGGAGGAGGUGGCCAAGGUGAUCAAUGAAGUGGUAGUGGAGGAAGAAGGGAGAGAAGUGAGGAGGAAGGUCAAGGAAUUGAGGGAGAGCAUGAGAGAGAAGGGUGAUGAAGAGGUAGAUCUGGCGGUGAAGAAACUGGUGCAGCUAGUUAGGGAAGCAUAAAGUUUGUGCAGUUCUUUUACAAGAUGACAAGUAUGAGAGCCUCAAAGAUAAAGACAAUCUUGUACACUGUAAGUUGAAUACAUAAAUAAUGCAUCUUUGGCUUGCAAACACCACAAACAGAGUAAAUUAAACAACAGGUGCACUUUGAAGAUAUGGCCAAACAGAAUCUAUUGAGGCAAAUAAUCAAAAGAUUCUUUGGUCCAUGGCCCCAAUCCAUCACCUGUCAAAAAAAAUUGAAAAACAAAACAAAAUAGACAUUUGUGAGGCAAGUUGAAACAUGGGUUGUGCGCUCUCCCUUUUGUUUUACCAGAAAUUUUGACGGGGUGGACUACUUAUUAUGAUUUGUGGAGUUUAAGAACUAAAUUUAGACAAUUGAAAAUUACUAUGGUAUUUUAAAACUAGGGCAUACUUCGAGAUGCGUUUAUAUUAUUUACC